AUGGGAGACCUAUUGAAGGCUGCCAUUGUCGUCAAGGCGCAUCCCUCCAGCAUCCUUGCGAAACCAUGCACACUGCAGCCUCUCAUGCUGCUCCCCCGCGAGUACCUCUCGCUCUCAUGCCUUGACCUCGGCGCUCCACAGGGCGAUCUCCCCUCCAGCCGCUUCUACGAAUCCCACAUCAAGAUUCUCGACCUCGAAGACCGCAUCGCCGAGAAGCCGAGCGUGCUUCUCGCGCGCAACGACGCCUCCAAGUCAGUCUACGCGCUCGAACGCGCCGCCGUCUCUGGGCACAACCUGUACACAGUCUGCAAGCUGGGCUCGUGGGUGGAUUUGUUGGCCUUAUCUGACCAGGCCACGGUGACGGGGAAGCAUGUCGCGCGUAUGCGGAUGGCGGAGGAGACGAAGGUGUCUCAGCAGGGGCAGGAGCUGCCGCUGACGACGCCUUGCCUGCACAAAGGACACAAGGAGAAGAGGCUGGCGAUCGAGGCGCUGCAGCAGUCGAUCGUGAGGAAGAGGGGUCGCUCGCAGUCAGUUUCGACGUUUGACGACACGAGGGCAGAGAAGCGGACAAGGUCUGACGACGACGUUUCGCGCCCACAGACGCCCAGCGGAUCGAACCAGGCAGUCGAAGCGAAGCCCGAGCUGACGGAGUGGAUCGAGACACAUCUGGACGCUGUUGAACCGACACCACAGCCGGUUCCCGAACCCAAUGCUCAGCAGACGGCUGGCGAUAUCAUGGACAACAUCAGGAUGCAAUAUACGGAGGCGCUUUACAAGUCAAUGGGAUCUCUGGCGUAUUUUGCAAAAGGGCCGCUAUCUCGAGCCCGCGCCGCCUUCCAUCUUGACUGCGACGGCACCAUGAAUAUGAAUGACCUCAUAGACUUCUUGAAGAGUCUUGUUAUGACCACAGUCCAGAUUGACAAGAAGUACCGCGAAACGAUACCUGACAUAAUCUCAAAAAUGAAGACGCACAUCGACAACUCCGAUGAGGGUAGCAAGCCCAAGAGGAGGAAAUCCAAGAAGAUGAAGUUGGGUAAGGACGGCAUGUACCCCGAGGAAGACAACCAUGUGCGCAAGUGGUGGAGUCUGAACCAACCCGAGUUUGGCGAUGAAGACAAACCCAUCACGCCGGCACAGAUCAAGUCGCACGUGUCUCUGCUGAGGACUCGCGAGACGCAACUGCAGAUGAUUCUUAUCCUGGAGAUUCUGGCGCUGGAGCCUCUGCGGACGGCCGAAGGGGCCGGGGAGAGUCAGCUGCCUGGUCUCCCUGGUGAGCCAGAGGCUGAGAAAGCUGCCGAGACUCAACCGAAGAAGCGGAGCAAGCACAACUUCCCCGUGCUGGCGGACGUGCACGCCGACCGACUGUGUAUCUGGCAGUCAACGGCUUCCGACGAAUUGAGGAUGUUGGAGGACUCUCAGGUUACUGCGCCAUCGGGCGGGGAGCAGGCACUGAAGGCCUCCCCAGACCCUCUCAAGGACUUUUGCACCGAUAUUAUUAUGCCAUUCUUCGCCGCUCGGCUGCCUGAGAUAUGUGACUCGAUCAACCGUAAACUCGGCGGACCGGUUAUCAUUGCCCCGCCCCAGCCCAAGACGAAGUCGUUGUCUUCGUCGUCGUCCAGCAAAUCUGACGCACGGCCUGGUGCUGCUGCGAAGCGCCCCAUUAAGCCGGCAACAAAGAACAUCGAGAAGGCGCUGUUCAGGGAGCAAUCACGGCGCAGUGUCUCUAGAGGCCCCAGCAACGCAAUUGCUCUGUUAAGAUCGGCGACCUCGGCCAGCAUCCCCGGCCUCAAGCGGGAGACUAGCGAUCUCAGCCGGAAGUCGUCCGUAGACAGACAAGGCUCACUUUCAAGGAGCAGCAGUCUGUCGGCUUUGGACGACGUCAAGGCGCAGAAGAAGGCCCUUGUUGAGGCCGAGUUGAAGGACGCAAUCACGGCCAUCCGUAAACCGAACCGCGAUUUGGCGGGCAAGACCGUUGUUGAGGCUGCGGAGAAGCGGGCUUCUGGUGGUCUUUCUUCGAUUAAGAAAUCCAAGAAACCGACUCGACACCCCCUCUUUGACUCGGUGCAGGUAAAGGUUACGCCAGCCAACCACCGGUUCCGGGAUGCGUUGGCUGCAGAGUCGAAGGGUUCUAGUAAUAUGGCCAUUCCAAUGUCGAGUUUACCGCCGUCUAGCGCAUCGAGGAUUCCAUCUACCGGGCCCCGGAGGGGCCACAUCGACAUCCUUGGCAGCACGCCAUCGUCUGCCAUCCAAGCUACUCCUGUGAGGCGCGGGGGGUCAUUCUUGGAUCCUUCGCCAACCGACGAGCCCGCCAUACCACCCUCGUCGCCCCUGAUGGCGAGGAAGCCCGCACGGGCGCAACACCUGAGUAUACCCGGUAACACGAUCAGGUCACGGCCUCAACUCGUUCGGUCGCAGUCAUCAGAUAUGGACCUGCCGGUGACGCCCUGCAAGCAGCGGGCUGUGGAGGUGUUAGGAGACGAGGUAGCGGCCACGCCGACAAGCAAGCCAGCUUCGGCAGCGGCGCCACCGUCGUCUCCACCAAGGGAGCAAGCAGAGUCGAUUUACGCACGACUCGGAUGGGAUGACGACUUUGACGACUUUUAA